AUGUUUUCCAGAGCAUUCAGUCGUCACUAUAGAGCCACCGUAUUGAGAUGGGCCGUUCCGGUCUCCGGAGUAGCCCUCGGGACCACUCUGCUGGCCACGUACUCGAAACCUGUCUUCAACGACACCAGAAGAAAAAAACGCAUUGUCUUCCUUGAUGACGAGGAGGACGACGACGAGGAUCUCGAAGAGAAGAGAGAAAGAGAACGCCAAGAGGCAAUUGCUAAUAAACCUCCUCUCUCGUCGAUAUUCUCGCUCACGGAUUUCGAAACCAUUGCCAAGAAAGUGCUACCAUACGGAAUCUGGGGCUACUACUCUACUGGUUCCGAUGACGAGAUCUCGUUGAGAGAAAACCAUUAUGCUUACGGCCGGAUUUUCUUUAGACCUCAAUGUUUGAUGGACGUUAGUGAGUGCUCUUUGGAAACAGAAAUGCUCGGCACCAAAGUGUCCGCACCUUUCUACAUCACCGCUUUUGCAGGGUCUCCUUCAGCCAAUCCUCUUGCCGAAAGAGCUUUGAGAAACGCUGCUGGCCUUGAAAACAUCAUCCAUCUUGUUCCGUUCCAACUGUCGUUCCCUGUCGCCGAGUACGGCGCUGGUGUCCUUCCAAGCCAGCAGAACUUCUACCAAUUACAUUUCUACACCCAGAAGCAGUUCGAUGAGGCUCCACAGUUCCUCGAACAGCUGAAAAAAGACCUGCCUAGCGUCCGUGCCGUGUUUAUCAACGUCGACCUGGCCGCUCUCGGUAACCGUGAGAAGGACUUCAAGAUCAGAGCAAGUCUCGAUCCGGACUCUGCCAGCGAUGUUGAAGGGUAUGCUGCCCAAGACGCGAAAUAUUUCACAGUCACUUGGGAUCACAUCAAAAAAAUUAAAGAAUCCACAGACUUGCCAAUUGUUCUAAAAGGAGUGCUCAACAAGAACGACGUGCUUAAGGCGGCCGAGGCCGGUUUGGCUGGUGCUUUGAUCUCCAGCCACGGUGGUCGUCAGUUGGACUUUGCUAUGCCUACAAUCGAGAUCCUGGCCGAGAGUAAGCAGCUCCUCAAAGAGAAAGGACUCGAUAAGAACUUUGAGUUGUUCAUCGACGGAGGAAUCAGAAGAGGUUCCGACAUCAUCAAAGCUCUCUGUUUGGGAGCCUCGGGUGUUGGUCUCGGAAGACCAUUCCUGUACUCCUUGGCCAGUUACGGUGAACCAGGUGUUCAAAAAGCUAUCCAGAUCCUCAAGAAGGAGAUGAUCAGAGACAUGCAACUACUGGGUGUCACCUCGAUCAGCCAACUGAACGAGGACAUGGUGGAUAUCACCUCUUUAAAGUACAAGGGCCUGCAAGUGAGAGACUCCUUGUAUGAUCAAAAUUAUACAGAAAUGCCAGGACCAGUCUUCAAGACCGAGUGA